GAGACCCAAGAGAUCUAAGCGACACGGCCGACGACCACUUAUUCGGGAUCGCUACGCUUCGGCAAGGGCCGUACCGGUUGCAGCGCCGCUUAUAAGAAGGUGAGUAAGCUACUAAUUAGUAAUGGGUGAUACAUUUGGCUCCCGAGGUCAGGUUUGUGUAAUGAAGAGCCACAGAGCCAUGUUAGCCAGACGGUUUCGAACCCGUCGAUCAUUCGCAUCUGGGUUGCACCUUGGCACGGGCAGCGCUCGUGGUUGUUGUGAACCCGGUUUUGACGAACACGCCGAUGUGGUUCAGACUUCUUCAGUGCAACGGCGCGAAAAUCCCGAGUGUACGGGCGCGGCCCCAUUGGCAUGCUGUGGUGCUGCGCAGGGUGUAUCAUCCGAACCUCGCGAACCGCUCGUGCGCGAGGCUCUGCCACCUGCUUUGAAGAUGAGACGGCAGAUGCGCCCUUGCGGCGAUCUCAUCCCCUCGUCCCAUCUUUCCGGGUACACACGGACAGAUAUCCCCGCGCAUCGGCAAUCGCUCCUCAGAAUCUUUGUCACCGCCUUACCAUCGUUGUGCAGGAGAUCACACCCGACUGUCCGUCUCCUGCAUCUCGUCCCGGCUCGGGAAGCGGGAGAUCCAGAGCCGCAGGGGGCAGCGCGGCACGAGACGAGAAUCAACGUAUGUAACCUAAGUGGGCUUUGCAUUUAUCGUCAAAACGCUCAGACAUGCCAUCUCGAUCGAGAUCUGGCCGAUUGUCUCGUGUGCGUGCCAGAUCGCCAGCCUUGGCGCAGCCGAUCGUCAACGUUCUGGAAACUCUCCUGACCGCAAGGCCCCCCGAUAUCUGGACUGCGUCCGCGUCAUUGUGAUAAAAGUCGUUUGACAUUGUUAUGGUAUGACAGAUAUGAGAGAAAAAGGGAAUUAGUACAAGUACUAGUGAAAGAAGAUAUACAAGGCAAAAGAAAGGUCAGACACUUGGAAGCGAAAAAGAAAAGGCGAGACUGAGCUGUCCAAGAUUGCUUGUCAAUAUCGACUCUAGCUGUUCAGA